CAGUGUACAGACCAUAAUUUUUUUUUAUGCCAUGGUUUAUCAUUGAAUUCAAAUUCAACACAUCCUAUUAUAACAGUGACCUACUCAAUAACGACGAACACACGAGACCAGAUGUACAACAGCAGAGCGCGGUUACCUACUUGCCCAAAUUUUUUAAUCUUGUUAGAUUUAAUAUUAAAUUUAAUCAUCAUUUCAUGUACCUAAUAUUGGUAUAGGUGUCUAGGUAAUAAUGUGUAUUGAUUGCCCAUUGAACAAUGGUAAAAUUAUAUUAUUCCUAUUUUCAGAGAUGCGUAUAUAUGAAUCGUAUACCUACAUAACAAAAUUAUACCUACAUUAAUUGUCAAUUAAUACUUACAUGUAAAUAUGUCAUUUAUAAACCAUAAUAUAACUAUUUACUAUUUAGUCGAUUUCAAGGUUUGUUAUUAUCGGACAAAUUAACCACCACCAAGCAUCAUAAAUGUACUGUUCUAGGCGACUAUAUAAAUGCUUGCAAACUACUACAUUGUACUCAUUACCACAAGUUCAUCCGUUCAAACACAUAAUAACAACAUUUGUCUGUCAUAUAUCAAUAUAUCAAUCCAUCCAACAUGCAGUCUAUUAAAGUCACAAGUUCAGCACUUCUGUUGGCAGUGCUAAUGGUUUGUUGCAUGCAACAGAUGGCGUCAGCCGGAUACAACUUUGGAUACGGCGUGAACGAUCCAGCCACCGGUGACAUCAAGGACCAACAGGAGACGAAGAACGGCGAUCAGCUGACAGGCUACUACCGAUUGUUGGACUCAGACGGUUUGGUCAGAACAGUGAACUACCAAUCGCAUCCAUUGACUGGUUUCACGGCCCAAGUCAACAGAGACCCAAUUGGUUCGGAAGGCCAAGCUAAAUACCGUUCAGCGGAAGCUGCACAACAAGCUCGUACGGCAUGGCCUUCCAACCUGCGUGCGCCCCUUGUACCCAGCAACCAAUACUUACGUUAUGACGAUGGCACAGGGUACGGACCUCUGGAGGGUUACCAACAGUGGUGAUAGGUAUCCAUUGAAACUAUCAUUCAUAUAUCACACUCAACCCAUGUUGCAGUUCAAUAUAAUCUAUUCACUGGAACAUUUUAAGAUGUGUGUAAUAAUAAAACAUUAUUUGUUAUUAUAUCUUUUUUUCAUUACUACCAAAAAUAUACAAUAUUAUGCUGUUUGACAUUUAAAA